AUGCCUAAAGCAAACGGUCAGUACGACCGCUACAAUACCGAUCUCAGUGAUGUGCUUGGAUCUACUGUCCGUGUUAAGAAAAAGAUAAAAUCUAUUCAAAAUUUGCUCAGUAAGGAGACCUUACCAGCAGAUAUUCGAAUUGAGAAGGAAAGAGCAUUGAAAGCAUUGCAACAGGACUUGAAAAACACUCGUUUCAAUUUGAAAACAAAAGAGAGGGCCAAAAAGUACCAUAUGCUUCGCUUCUUCGAAAGAAAGAAGGCAUUGAGAAAGUUGAAGCAGGCUACCAAAGCUCAUGAUGAGGCUGUCGAUGCUGACGUUAGAAAAGACAUCAAGAAGGCCAGAAAAGUGUUAAAGCACGCCCAAAUAGAUGUGGCCUAUGUCUACAUGUUCCCAAAGUCCGAGAAGUAUAUUGCUCUAUAUCCAAAUGAGCCUCUGCCUGAGAUGUUAAAGGAUUCUAAUGUCAAGAAGGGCAUGCAAAUCACUGACGAGAAGAGACAGCAGUAUAGAAAGAAAAUGGAGGAGCUUAUUGACUCCGAUAAGUUGCCAUUUACUUUCGAGGAUGCGUUGGCAGGAAAGACCAUCCAGGUUGAUGAAGAUAGAUUGCCUGAACCAGAAGAGGAGGUGGAUGCUCCACAGGAACAGAACAACAAGCUGGACGAGGACGAUUUCUUCGAGUAA